GUGAAAUCCACCUGGGCACAACCUCUUACCCUUAGGACUGAAACUAGGCAAUCACUCUCUCUAUUUUCUCACCGCUCGCGCUUCGAUGCCACCUCUCCGUUCUCCCCACGCUUCACAACCUCGGGUCUGCCGUGCGCUGCUUCACAAGCGACCCACAAUACAAGUAUGAGCAACACGCGGCGAAACCUCCGUAACACGCGAAGCGCAUUAUCCACUCCGCCUAGAUCCUCGGUCCGGCGAGCAAGACCUGCGCAGAGUGACGACGACGUUCCGGAUGUCUUCCGUGAGAUGCUGUCGGGGACAGACCCGGACGAAGACGGCAGGCCGCUAAAGAAACGAAAGAAUGCGUCGUCCGCACGCGCAACAGCUGUUGAAGUGGUGGCAGAAUCCAGUGCGCGGAAGUUGAUUCCGAGUGGUCGACCUUCUUCAAGCAUACAUGAGAUCGCAACUCCUUCGAAAGCCGACGACGUUGCCAACAUCGAAACGCCCGGAAACCGCAUCCCUCAGACAAUAGAGGCAUCAGAUGCUUCAGAGGAUAGCGACUUUGGGUGGGAGGAUGCGCUUGCGGAAACAAAUGACGAAGAGCUGGGUACAGAAGAAGAUGGGGAUGUGGAGGUGGGCGAUCUAUCGAUUACGAUUGGUGAAAAGGAAUCGCAGGGCCAAGGAAGCGUGAAAAAACUCAAGAGACGAGGUAUAACUUCCGCCGAGAAGAAACAGCGAUUGGAAAUUCAUAAGCUGCACGUCCUCUGUUUGCUAUACCACAUAUAUCGUCGGAACAGCUGGUGCAACGACCAUAAGGUUCAAGCCGCACUCAGACAACUGCCCUCCGCAAAGACCUUGUCGAAUCUUGUCCCUAACCCUGAGUACACGCAAUUUCAAGCUUCCAAGCGCUUCAUAGAUGGAAUGAAAGACUUGAGCUCAUUUUGGUCAAAGAGAUUCACAAUAACGGCACUGGGUAUGUACAAGCCACGCUGGACAGAUGGGGACGCAGACAUACCGGACUUCUCCGCUUUUGACGACCUUGACCCACCUACGGAUUUGGAAGAUUUCCGAAGGGCAGCCACUAUAUUGCACGGUUCUCAGGAUGUUGGGGCGCAGUUGUUUUGUGCACUUUUACGUGCCAUUGGCGUAGAGGCAAGACUGGUCUGUUCGUUGCAAUGCUUACCCAUCGUAUCGAUCACUCAGUCAACGCCUCAUAAGCAGUCACCAGCGAAACAUACAAUCCCCUUGGAUCCUUAUAAUCAAUCCAAUGCCCUCUCUUCGACAACGGUACGGACGCCUUCACGACCGAAGCGGCUAUCGCGACUCGAACGAGCUAUCGGUGAACGGAGUAAGGCCAUCGGCACAGGUGUUGCCCCGAAGCAGACGAAGAAGUACCAUGCGCCGUAUCCCGUCUACUGGGUCGAAGCCUUCAACGCCGCUCAGCAAAAGUGGGUUCCGAUUGACCCAUUGUCGACGUUCACGGUCGAUAAACCAGAAAAGCUGGAGCCACCUCUAAGUUAUGCGCAAAACACGCUUACAUACGCAAUUGCCUUCGAGGAGGACGGCACAGCAAGGGAUGUGACACGACGGUAUGCAAAAGCAUUCAAUGCUAAGACUCGGAAACUUAGAGUUGAAGCUACAGAAGGUGGCGCGAGGUGGUGGAAGGGUGCGCUGAAGGCGUUCAAGCGGAAGAGACCACUUGAUCGAGAUCAAGUUGAGGAUGCACAACUCGCCCGCAAAGAAGCUGCAGAAGGUAUACCGAAGAACGUACAAGAUUUCAAAGGGCAUCCAAUCUAUGUUCUCGAGCGGCACCUGAGACACAACGAAAUCAUACACCCAAUGCACCAGGUGGGCAAGGUCAAUGUGGGAUCCGCAAUGAACCCCAAGUUGGAACCGAUAUACCGGAGAAAAGACGUUCACAUUGUAAGAAGCGCAGAUAAAUGGUAUCGACUGGGAAGGGAUGUCAAAGACGGCGAACAACCAUUGAAACAUGCGAAACCGAGGAAAGGAGUUCGACGGUCAGUGCCACCGGACAUGGAGUUCGACGAGCAGGAGGAUGAGCUUGGCGUGGGUCUAUACGCACUGUUCCAGACUGAGGUCUAUGUCCCUCCGCCGGUGGUUGGAGGCCGUGUUCCUCGCAACGUCUUUGGUAAUCUGGACGUAUAUGUCCCGUCCAUGGUGCCACCAGGAGGUGUGCACAUUCGACACAAGCUGGCCUCGAAAGCUGCGCGCAUCGUUGGGGUGGAUUAUGCCGAUGCAGUCACCGGCUUCUCAUUUAAGGGCAGACAUGGUACGGCGAUAAUUCAAGGUGUGGUCGUAGCGCAGGAGUACGCCGAGGCCGUGCAAGCUGUCAUUGAAGGGAUAACAUACGCUCAAGAAGAAGAAGAGAACUCACAGCGGAGUGCCGAGGCUCUUCGUAUGUGGAGGCGAUUCCUGCUAGGUCUGCGGAUUGCACAGAGAGUGAAUGCCAUCGAGAUUGAUGGCGAGACCGGGCCAGUGAUUGAUGUGCAAGCAGAGAUUGAGAAGGAGGACAAGCACAUCAUUGAACAGCAGCUCGCAGGAGGUUUCUUCAUGGAAGAAGGUGCCGCCAUUGAGCCUCCGGCAAAACCCACAAGGUCUUUGGGCUCUGGGUUACCAGACGACCGUUACGGUGGGGGCUUCAUUGCGGACGAGUAUGAGGAAGCCGGAGGGUUUCUCCCUGAACAGCCUGCCAGUGGUGGCGGUUUCAUACGCGAUGUGGUCAAUCAGGGUGGCGGGUUUCUCCACGAGGAGAAUGAUUCAGGUGGAGGGUUCAUACCUGAAUCUGCUAAUGUUGGUGGCGGAUUUAUACCCGAGGCACAGGCUCAACGGGCCAGCCAUACACCGGAGCCAUCUAAUCACUCCAGGGCGCCUGAGGCACAAAGCAGUGUGACAGGACUUACGCAAGAUGUAGGCCAUGUCCAACUAAAAGAUGCAGAAGAAGGCAGCGCCGCUAAAUCGUCUCCGGGAGCCUCUGGCACAGCUCAAACAAACCCUGAACCGGCUGAACCGCCAGGCUCUUCGCCUUCAGAAGCAGGCUCAUUGCCGCUGGAGGACCCAGAGGAUGAGGAUGCUGAUCCUGAAUGGUUGGUGGAUGUGACGUAG